AGCGUGGAGGAACCUGUGGCAGACAUGAGUUUAGAUAGGCCAUGAAGCCAGCAUGGGGUCUGCAGGACCAGGACCCUGUUUAUGACUCCUCUGAGGACUGUCUGCAUUUCAUCCAGGCCUUGAGGUCUCCUAUAAGCCUUUUGGGGUACUUCUUAGCAGAGCUAAACAGGCCCAGGCAGUGGCUGGAUGAGCCACCCAUGGGUGCCUGACUGGACCGGUAGAGUUGCCACAUUCCGGGCUGUUGGCUGGCAGGGAAGGAGAGACUGAACCCCGGCAGACUAGUGUGGGUUCCUCCUCCACUGAGAGGCCCUGAAGAUGGAUGAACAGGUGUUCAAAGGGGACCCAGACACCCCACACUCCAUCUCCUUCUCAGGGAGUGGGUUCCUCUCCUACUACCAGGCUGGGGCGGUGGAUGCUUUGCGAGAUCUGGCCCCGAAGAUGCUGGACACCGCUCAUCGCUUUGCAGGGACGUCAGCUGGCGCAGUGAUCGCAGCCCUGGUCAUCUGCGGCAUUGAAAUGGAGGAGUACCUCCGAGUGCUGAAUAUGGGCCUGGCCGAGGUGAAGAAGUUCUUCCUGGGACCUCUGUCCCCAUCCUGUAAGAUGGUACAGAUGAUGAGACAGUUUCUGUACAAUGUGCUCCCUGAGGACUCCUACAAGUCCGCCACCGGGAAGCUGCACGUGAGCCUCACCCGAGUCACGGAUGGCGAGAACGUGGUGGUUUCCGAGUACACAUCCAAGGAAGAGCUCAUCGAGGCUCUGUAUUGUAGCUGCUUUGUUCCUGUCUACUGUGGUUUCAUACCCCCAAUGUAUCGGGGCGAGAGGUACAUCGAUGGUGGCUUCACGAGCAUGCAGCCCUGCGCCUUCUGGACCGACUCCAUCACCAUCUCCACCUUCAGCAGCCAGCAGGAUAUCUGCCCGAGAGACUGCCCCGCCAUCUUCCACGACUUCCGCAUGUUCAACUUCUCCUUCCAGUUCUCCUUGGAGAACAUCACCCGCAUGACACACGCACUGUUCCCCCCGGACCUGGUGGUCCUGCAGGAGUAUUACUAUCGGGGAUACGAUGACGCUGUUUCGUACCUUCGGAGGCUGAACGCUGCGUACCUCAACUCUCCCAGCAGGAGAGUGAUUUUCCCGCGGGUGGAAGUGUACUGCAAAAUAGAGGUCGCCCUUGGCCACGAGCCCCCAGCUCGAAAUCCCCCAAGCCUCCCAGCAGCGAGGGGCAGCCCUCAAGACUCCUCCCACCACCUACGGGAGACUCCCAAUCAGGACAGAAAGGACAGCCCAGCAUCCCCAUCAACGCAGACUCCACCCGAAUCCAGGUGCAAGGGGUUUGUGGAGUCAUCCAUGUCACCAACAGUCUCUGAAUCCAAGCAACCCCUUGCAUCGCCAGUGGCCCCUCCCCAGUCAGGCCCAGUAAUGAAGCCUGGGCCGUCCACUGGCCCCAGUGACAUUUACCCAGUAAGUCUUAGAACUCUAAAUCUGAAACUCGGAGUCAAGGAUGACCAUCAGCUGGACUCGGCCUCUGACCACCAAGGCACAAAAAGCUUGCCCCCUGUGUCACACAUCUCGCGCUCGGCUGCAGACCCACACAGCUCAAAGGCUGGAUCCUCAGUGCCUGAGUCCCCUCAUGGGUCUAGACCGAUGCUCAGAGCUUCCCAGGAAGCCACUGCAGCCAGGGCAGCCCCAGAACUGCCACCUUCAACACCUCCUGCCCCACCACCUGUGGAGGAGCUGGGCCCAGAACAGCCCACAGGGCCUCCCGCCUCUUCACAGCUGACAAGCUCCGCACCUCCAGGGACCAGGAAGGAAGCUCCCCACAAGCCUCUGCUGGUGGAGAGUCCUGCUGUGGAUUCAAACACGGCAAGAAAGAUUUUCAAGAAGAAACAGAAGACAAACGCCACCAGAGAAUGCUUCCAGAAAAACCCGAGGACCAAGAAGCCAGUGAGCAGAGUGCAGUCUGCUCCCCGCCCGCUUGACUUUCCUGGACUCCCCACUUCCAAGACACUUUGGGUCACCUACAAGCCUCAUCCCAGACGGAUGCAAGAAUACAGCUGCCCUGAGCCUCUCCUGGGCUCUCUUGCUGGUGCCAAGCAUCAGCAUGUCUGCAUGACCCCUUCAGUCCUGGGCCUUCAACUGCCAUGGCAGCUGUACCUUCACCAGGGACCUCUCCUGACCUCUCACAGCGCCAACCCUCAGCUGUCAGCUGUUCUCCAUGACCCCUCAUGCCUUCCCAGCCAGACCCACCUGGGUGACUCACACUACCAAGUUCAGCUGCUGGUGCGAGGUACAACCUUGGACACCUCGGAGUCGCGGUUUCUCUGUGCUCUCAGAAAACACUUCCCGGAAGACUUCACCUCAGUGACGCUGCUCUUUUCUUAG